AUGCAGCGCGGAUCGGUCGCCGCAGUAUACACCGUUUAUCAGGACUUCUAUCAUUACAAGUCAGGAAUCUAUAAGCAUACCGCUGGUAAUGCAACAGGUUCCCAUGCUGUGAAAAUAAUCGGAUGGGGACAAGAUGGCGACACACCCUAUUGGAUCAUCGCCAACUCGUGGGGCGACUGGGGAGAGCAUGGGUUCUUCCGCAUGGUUCGUGGAAUUAACGACUGUGGAAUCGAAGAAAGCGUAACUGCUGUGGUUGUCGGGAAUGGUCAAAAGAACCAGUGA